CAACAAUGGCAACUUACAUACCUUGGAUUUCACAAGUACUGGUCCCAUGAAGACAUUAUCAAAAUCAGAGGCGUCGAAAAAUCACCAUUUGUCUAUAAAAACAUGAUGAGAAAAGAAGGUUAAAUAUACAACACCUCCUAUUUUCUUUCAGCUACUGUUCAUUCUUUCCUCUUCAGCUGAUAAAGCUUUUUUUCUUAUCUAUUCCUUGGCUACCAUGGAUAGAAAAACUGAUCAACUUCACAUGUACUUUCUGCCGAUGAUGGCUCCUGGCCACAUGAUACCACUAGUGGACAUAGCCAGGCAAUUCGCUAGGCACGGGGCGAAGAUAACCAUUAUCACGACUCCUCUCAACGCGUCUACAUUCUCCAAAGCAAUCCAAAGAGACAGAGAGUUGGGCAGUGAUAUUAGCAUCCGUACGACCGAGUUUCCUUGCAAAGAAGCUGGAUUGCCAGAUGGCUGUGAAAACAUAGCUUCUACUACUAGUACAGAGAUGUAUCUGAAAUUCAUCAUGGGCCUAUCCCUAUUUCAACAACCAUUUGAACAAUUCCUAGAAGAAGAUCAUCCAGAUUGUCUAGUAGCAGCCCCUCAAUUUUCAUGGGCUGUUGAUGUUGCAGCCAAGCUGGGGAUUCCAAGAAUAUUUUUCAAUGGCACUGGUUUUUUUCCUCUUUGUGCUUUACAUAGUUUGAUGGAACACACACCUCAUUUGAAGGUUGAAUCGGAGACGGAAGAGUUCAUCAUCCCUGGCCUUCCUGACACAAUAAAGAUGUCAAGGCAACAACUUCCAGACCAUUUAAAAUAUGAAACAGAAAGCAUAAUAACUGAAAUUGUUAGGAAUAUUAUGAGAGCAGAAAUGACUAGCUAUGGAGCUAUCGUAAACAGCUUUUAUGAGCUGGAACCAUAUUAUGUAAAACACUGGGAACUGGAAGGGAGAAAAGCAUGGCACAUCGGUCCAGUUUCACUCUACAACAAAGACAAUGAAGAUAAAGCCCAAAGAGGACAUGGCACCUCCUUUUGUGAGCAUCAGUGUUUGGAUUGGCUCAAUACCAAGGAACCAAAAUCAGUCAUUUAUAUAUGUUUCGGCAGUAUGUCUGUCUUUUCAUCCGCUCAGUUGCUUGAGAUAGCAAUGGCUCUUGAAGCUUCAGACCAGCAAUUUGUUUGGGCGACGCAAGAUACAAUCAAUGAGCAGACGUGGUUGCCAGAAGGAUUUGAGGAAAAGCUGAAGGGACGAGGACUGAUAAUCAAAGGAUGGGUGCCCCAGGUGUUAAUCCUUGAUCAUGAAGCCAUUGGAGGUUUUGUGACUCACUGCGGGUGGAACUCGUUGCUGGAGGGAGUAACUGCUGGAGUGCCAAUGGUCACGUGGCCACUGUCAGCGGAACAAUUUUUUAAUGAAAAGCUGCCCACGGAGAUUUUAAAGAUAGGAGUUCCAGUAGGUGCUCAGGCUUGGUCUUACAGAACAGAUAGUACAGUCCCAAUAAACAGGGAAAACAUACAGAGAGCAAUCACCAAACUGAUGGUUGGUCAGGAAGCUGAGGAGAUGAGAAGCCGUGCAGCUGCCUUAGGAAAUUUGGCUAAAAUGGCAGUGGAGAAAGGUGGAUCCUCUGACAACAGCUUGGGUUCCUUACUAGAAGAAUUGAGGAAGAGGAAAAGCAGCUCCAACUGAUAGGAGUUUGUUUAUAUGUGAUAAAACAAGACCACCAUAAAAAUAAGUAGGUGUAUCCACUAGACAUCUUUGUAUUCGUGAAAACUCAGCUCAACAGAAAUCAACCUUAUGAACAUGAAGGAAGACAUAAGCAAGAAGAAAAGAAUAUGGAAAUGAUAAAUCCGUCAUCAUUAGAUGAACACCGGAGAAAAAUUUGUUUUUCCCAUCACAUUAACAUCAAUUCGAAUAAGUGUGUGUUACUAGUCUAUUAAAUUCAAUUAAUGUAAUACCAUAUUACCAUUUUUGAGCGUGCAAAAUUCUUAGGAAUAGACCAGUCCUAUUAUUGUUGCAAAA